AUGCAUGCCGGUGUCCUUGCCGUGUCAUCUGCUGCUGUUGGGAUAGGCGUGUGGUGUGGCUGGCUGGGGCAUCAGGGUCGUCGCACUCUUCCGAUUCAAACUUUCGUGAUUUGUGAUCAGCCAAGACAGAGCAUCGCAGUAGAGGAGCUUACGUGUCAGCGCGAGGAAUGCACCUCCGACGCCUACAGCAUGGCGGCUCCACUUCCCCAGCCCCAGGCCCUGCGAUUUGAGGACAUCACCCUGGACACUUGCAUCGGCGCUGGUGGCUUUGGUCGUGUCUAUCGGGGUCAUCUGAGGCUCAACGAAACGGACCUUGUCGUUGCCAUCAAGGAGCUCACCGUGCCCCGCGUCGCCGACUUUGAGUCCAAGGUUCUAACCCACCGUCCUACGAUUCUGUCCCUCGCACCCCUGUGUCUGAUGAUGCGUGAUUUUCGCCAAGAGGCCGAACUCCUCUACGGCUGCAGCCAUCGCAACAUUGCCUCUCUGUAUGGGCAAGCCAUCCGUACGAAGCGUGAGCAGCUGCUUGACUACCACCAAAAGCCGUUCCUUAAUACUGCUCUUGAUGCUGAUUCCACACCCGCCAGAGCCCCGAAUUACUACCUCGUUUUGGAAUACUGUGCUGGUGGAUCACUUGGGGCGGUCCUGCGCACCCAUACGCUGGAACCCGAAGUUAUCAUCGACUGGGCGAGUCAAAUUGCUCAGGGCAUGCGCUACCUGCAUGAUGAAUGCCGACAGUGCAUCGUGCAUCGAGACCUAAAGUCAGAAAACAUUCUCCUCUCGAAGGUAUUGGAUAACGGGCAGCCCGAUCUGAGCCGCAACGUCGUAAAACUGUGCGACUUUGGCACGGCCCGUGCCUUUGCAGAGACGGUCGAGAUGACGCAAGCUGGUACUUUUGCCUAUAUGGCGCCCGAAGUCAUCAAAACGUCGCGCUUCGGCAAGGAAUCUGAUUGUUGGUCUUGGGGCGUUGUCCUCUGGGAGCUGAUGCACUCGGAGCUGGACGAACUACGCACAAGCCAGUUUGCUCGCAACGAGCACGAUGCAUUCUUUGAUCUUCAGCAGGCCUGGCGCGACGAGUGUCAUGAGAAGUUCAAACAGCUACACCGCACAGAGGAGGAAAUUGCUCAGCAACACCACGCCCUGCGUCACCUUCAAGCCGAACAGCGCAUCCAACAGGAGGCGCUCAACAAACGUGAGGCCGUCCUGAGCAAGCGCGAGUGUGCCCUGCUUGAGCGCGAAAUGGCCAUCAUUAGUGCUGAGUCACAUAACGACGCUGCUGCAGGCAACGUUCGGCGACGGCAAAAGCAGGGCCGGCGAAACAAGCGCAUCGUUGGCCUAUCCAAGGACGAAAUCUCAAGACCCAGCGUAAGUGCUUGGGCCUACAUGCUACAUGUCAAUGCCAAUCGUGUCUCACCAACCAGCCUGUUUUCUAGGAGUUUCAACAUGUGCAACACCUUGGUUUCGAAGACUCCCCAGUCGACAAAGCCCGCCCCAUCGUGCCAGAAGGUGUGA